AUGCUGGGCCGCCGGGGCGACGGGCCCCGGAGCCAGUGUAUCGUCAUCAGGACAGGGGAAACUGCACUUUCCAAGUUCUGCUUGUUUGACUUGGAGGCGGAGGUGCUGGGCACUUGUGACGGCAGUGACGUGCACCGCUGCCGCUGCGGCGGGGAGAGCGGUGCAGGGAAAACAGAGAGUACAAAGCUAUUAUUGCAGCACAUAAUGAACCUGUGCAAAGGCAACUCGCAGCUGGAGCAGCAGAUCCUUCAGGUAAAUCCAUUGCUUGAAGCUUUUGGCAAUGCCCAGACUGUGAUGAAUGACAACAGCAGCCGCUUUGGAAAAUAUAUACAGCUGCGUUUCCAGAAGAAUACAGUGCGAGGUGCAAAGCUGAAUGAGUACCUGCUAGAGAAGUCACGGGUAGUACAACAAGAUGCUGGAGAGAGGAAUUUCCAUAUCUUCUACUACAUGUUUGCUGGACUGUCUUCAGAGGAAAAGGAGAUGUUUGGGCUGUUGGAUCCUUCACUCUACAGGUACAUAAGUGGACGAUUUGGUACACAGGAUGUAGCUCAACGCUGGAAGCACAAAUACCAGGAGGUGUGCAAUGCCCUUGACAUGGUGGGCUUCCAAGAGCAGGAGCAAGUGGACAUGCAGGCUAUCUUGGCUGGUGUGCUGUCCCUGGGCAAUGUGACCUUUGAGCCUGAGGAGAGCAAUGGGUCUGUAAAAGUGAGUGAAGCCUCCCGGGGAUGGCUGAAGGCCACAGCGGGUCAGUUUGGAGUCCAAGAAGAGGAACUGUUAAAAUGCCUUAUUUGUACGAUGUCAGUGACCCGAGGCGAGCAGAUUCAGCGUUUUCACACUCAGCAGCAGGCAGAAGAUGCUCGGGACUCCAUUGCAAAGGUGGCAUAUGGCCGAGUAUUUGGCUGGAUUGUUUGCAAGAUCAAUGAGCUGCUGGCUGAGAACGUGGAUCCGGAGGUGGAGCUGAGGGAGAUAGGUAUCCUGGAUAUUUUUGGGUUUGAAAACUUCGCAGUGAAUCGUUUUGAACAGCUUUGCAUAAACUUGGCGAAUGAGCAGCUGCAGCACUUCUUCAACCAC